AUGGAGCCAGCAGCGCCCUCAAUUCUGGCGCUCACGCAGUCCUGCAUUUCCAAAUUCGAGCAGCUCUUGGCCACUCAGAAGCCUGGAUAUAUCGGGCCAUUAGAAAGCCGGCUGGCUGACUUCAGACUCUGGGCGGAUGGCCUUGGUGCCUUGGCAAAGCGCAGAGCCUCACUGGAUUUCAAACUUCGGGAUCGAACAAAUGACUCUGAAUUAGUGAAAAAUGUCCUUAUUAUGUUGGCAGACUCCUUGAAUUAUUCCGAAAGUCUCGCCGGGUCUGAUGAAAACUCCGCUGCGAGUAUCCGAAACAUUGAUUCCGCUAUCGAGAUCCUUGCUCUGAUCAGCGUGGCUAUCCGCCGAACAGGAAAGGCAUCGCGAAACCGCAGAGCUGACCAAACGUUUGAUCCGAGUAAGCACCAGGAGCUAAGGAAGCAUCUCGAGUGCGUCGUUCUUCUUCGUCCAACAGAGGAGGCUCUUUUCAAGAAAACAGAAGAUGGGGAUUUCAUCGCUAGAAUUGAUACCUCUAAAUUAUCCGACCUACAACAGCGUAUUAUUCAAGCAAAUCUCAGGCGGAGGCACAACUUUCUUAUGGCACAAAAGCACUCCAUAGCCCAGAAGGCGCCGCAAACUCAGCCCUCAGCUGCUCAGCCCUCGUUACCCAUCGGAAGUCUCUUACAAACCGAAUCUAUCGUCAAAACACAGAACUUGGACAGCCCUCAGAAUCCAGCGCCAGUUCCAAUAUCAGAUCUGGCUAUCAGAAUUGAGGAUAUAUGCCCUUAUACUUGCAUCGCUGAGAACUGUCCUACGCCAUAUCUUCUCUUCUGUACUCGAGAUGAGUGGGAAACUCAUGUCAAAGAAAGCCACCUGCCUUACUGGCAAUGUCUGUUUUGCGAAGAUCUUAAAAACUAUCUAACGAUGGAGAGCAUUUUAAGCCACCUCCAAGAAAAUCACCAAGAGGAGCUCCUGGAUACCUCUCUUUCAACACUCCUAUCCUGGUUUGCGGUACAGAAGAAGGGAAUCAAAUUCUGUCCUUUAUGCUCGUCAUGCGGGGCCGAAGACUCUCCAGAAGUGGUCGAUCACGUCCUGCAGCACACGUACGAGUUCGCGCUCCGAUCUCUUCCUUGGCCAAAACCUGUUAUACACAAUCUUAACGUGCAACCAGGUAGCUUCAAUCUUUCACUGGAUUCAAGCCACACAGAAGAGAUCCAGCGACUGGACGCAGAAGGGAUCCAGCGAUUGGACGCAGAAGAUGACAAGCGAUUAACUGCAGAAAAUCUCCAGAGACUCCAAGUAGUAGCUAUCCCUCAAGGCACUGCAGAGGAUAUCCAGCAAUGGAUCAACAAAGAAAUUCAUGAUCGCAAAGAACCUCCAGAGCUGCAACUCACCGACUACGAUAGAGCGGAACAUGCUGGCUCGGAGGAGCCUGAGUUUCAUGAAUACAGCAACUACUUUCUCACAAACCAAUACUUCGGUGAUGAAUCCGACGAGGGCAAAUCUCUUAAGCUACAACAUAAUCGAAGCACUGGCAGUUCCAUCGAUGGAUCCACUGACACUGAUCGGAGCAUGUGGAACGAAGCAGCACUAUUAGGGAUGCAAAUUAUAGCAGCCGUAAGAAAUGAGGCGGAUGGCGAAGAGAAGCUGGAGAUUCUGCUGAAAGGACAAGAAGGCCAUGUCGCCGUCACAGAAGACAUCGUGAAAGCCGCAGCAAGCAACGAGGCAUGCGGCAAGCAAGUGAUGAGAUUAUUCAUAACCCAGCCUGUGAAGUAUGUCACUAUCGAAAAGGAGGCCGUGGCUUCUAUUGCCGAAAGCUUUGACGGCGAGAUGAUGGCAUUGCUCCUCGACCAAAGAGGAGAUCAGAUUAGUGUCACAGCGGAUUUUGUGAAAGCUGCGGCGAGAAACUUGGAAAGUGCUGAUGAGGUAAUCGAAUUGCUCCUCGCGCAUCAAGCCAAACCGAAGUCUACCCAUACGGGAGACGUUGAUUCUCCUCCAACUCCUCCUACCUUCGGCGGUCUUGGCUCCCUCGAACUGGAUGCCGUCGCGCCGCAUCAUAAGAAAAGUGGCGAUGACUGGUACGUCAUUUUCAAUCCUCAAGUGCAACGCGUUCUUGAUGUCGAUCCUGUCCACACCCUCCUCCACGAUAGUGUUGUCUGCCAUGUCCGAAUUUCUCAAGACGGAAAGUACGUGGCUACAGGCAGCAAUCGAUUCGCUCGGAUUUUCGAUGUAUACACAGGUGAGGAGAUACACACACUGGAUUGCAGCACUACCGAUACCACAAAAGAUAAUUAUGUUCGGAGUGUUUGCUUUAGCCCUAAUGGGAAAUAUCUUGCCACUGCUAGUGAAGACAAAGCCGUCCGAGUGUGGGAUAUUACUACAGAAACUCUCCAUAACCACUUCCAGGGCCAUGAAGCGGAUGUAACCACGUGUGAUUUCGCUCCUAAUGGACGUACUAUUGUAUCUGGAAGUUAUGAUAAGACUGUACGUCUUUGGGAUAUCGAGACAGGUACCAACACCUUCACUCUAACCACUAGCGACUCAAUAAUGGCCGUUGCCAUGUCCCCCGAUGCUCAGGUUGUAGCAGCCGGGUCAGUGAAUAAUACCAUCUACCUCUGGGAAGUUAAGACUGGUAGCUUGGUUGAGCACUUGAAAGGUCCCGAUGAUCACAGAGACAGUCUCUUUUCCGUUGCCUUCUUGCCAAAUGGCAAGAAUCUGGUCAGUGCCAGCUUAGAUCGCACUAUUAAGAUGUGGAAGCUAGGUUCCCCUGGCGAAGAACCGUAUUCGAGUAGGUGCGUCACAACUUUUCAAGGGCACAGUGACUUUGUUCUUUCUGUUGCUUCAUCGCCAGAUGCUCUUUGGAUAAUUUCAGGUUCCAAAGACAGGAGUGCGCAAUUUUGGGAUUCCAGAACAGGCAUGGCUCAAUUCAUAAUUCAGGGACACAAGAACUCGGUUAUAUCAGUAGCGCCAAGUCCACAAGGUAGCUACUUUGCGACUGCUGGAGGAGAUCAGAAAGCUCGUAUUUGGGCUUACCAUCCAUAUCAGGCUGUAUAA